AUGGACUUAUCAUAUCUUGCUUCUUCUCCAGUUCAAGUUCCUCUUCAAAAAUCGACUCAAAUUGUCAAAUUUUCGGGAUUCGAUGAUGAUGAAAUUGAUUUCGAAACAUCAAGAGAUAAUCAAUAUUGUAAUGGUGGCGGAAAUUCGAAAUUUGGUGGAGAAAUAGUGGGUGAGAAGAAGAGACGCAGAGGUGGAAGGAAGAAUCGACGACGAAUGAAUGCUGGAAAAGUGAGUACUGUAGAUCAAGAGAAGGGGUGGAGGUACUGUAGAAUGUUGACAUCAAAAUCUAGGGGUUUUUGCAGAUCAAUUGAACAUUUGUAAUGUUGUCAAAUUUUCAGGCAGAGAACAUGCUUGCAAUACCAGUUUUCUCACCACCUCCACCAAAUCACACACCAAUUUCACCAACUACCCAACAAAAUUCGCCAAAAUUGCAAUUCCUCUCGCAAAAUGCUCUCGGCAAAAAUGUUCAUCAAAAUUCAUCAGCGACACCACAAAAUCCUCAGAAUCUUCCGGCUCAAAAAAUGUCGCGUUUAAUGCGAGAAUUGCAUGAAAGAGAACGAGUUCGUGGAAUGGAUCGAUUUGAAGCAAGACAAUUAUUACAGGAUAAAUUGUUGUUUAGAGGAGAAACGAAUUUGGUGAGAUUUUUGAAAGGGUGGAAAAAUUUGGGGGGGAAAUUGAUGAGAAUUCGUACUUUUCCUUCAAAAAUACAAUUUUGAAACAGUAAUUUUUUACUGACAAAUUCAAUUUUGGGGAUGAAAAAUCCUUAUUUCACGUGUGAAAUUUACAUUUUUAGGUGGAAAAUGCGCUGUUUCAAAAACUUUACAUUAGGAUUUUGAAAAAAUUCAGCUUUCUUUCUCUCUGUUAAUUUUCAAAUUCAAAUGGUUUGCACAUUUUCUAGAUUUUUUCCUAAUGUGAAAAAGUUUUGAUUUUGACGCGAAAUGUUUUUGAAAAAAAUUAAAAUUCAAAAUUUGCUGUUUCAAAAGUUUCACUUAUUUUUUGUUCGCCUUCUCAAAACCAAACUACAUACAAACCCUCCUAAAACAUUCAUCUAGCUAGGUCAAACUAAAGUCUAUCUUUACUCUUCUCCAAAAUGAUAUACGAACCGAACAGUUUAUCUCUCUCUCUUUCUCUCACGCUCUCUCCUUUUUCCUCAAUCUCUUCCUAUUUUUGUUGUUCUUAUUUCGCGGCUUAUUCUCUUAUUCGAAAAAAUAAGGCGUUGUUUUAAAAUUAAAAUUUUUUCUUUACUUUUUUUGCAUUAAGUAUAAUUAGGAAACAAUACUGUUUCAAAAUUUCCAUAAGAAUAUUUUGAAAAAUACAUUUUUGAUACAUGUAUCAAUGCUUUCUCAUUCUGUAAUCCACAAUAAUUAUGUUUCAAAAACUUUCCCUAAAAAAUUUCAAUUUUUGCAGUCUGAUAUUCGUCUUCGUCGUUUUUGUAUCGUCGUGAUCUCUCGUGAACAAUUUGAAAUUCCCGAAUUAUCCAUGAAAAUCCCAGCAGAAACCAUAUCAAUUUCAAUGGAAAACGGAAAAAUCUCAUCAAUUCUUCGACUUGUCCCAAGUUUCGACGAAAAUCCCAACGAAUCGUCUCAAAUUCCACCGCCACAUCAAAAAUAUCGAUCGAAAACGAUUUUCUGGAAUCCGACACGUUGCCGUGACUCAAAUAUGAUGUUCAAAAUGUGGAAUCAUUUUCUCGAUCGUUGUCUGCACUCUCUGCUUUUGUGUACUCUCUCGCAAUUCUCGAUUUUGUUAGAAUUUUUGAGAACAAUUAAUGAGAUUCGAUCGAUAUUGAAUCAAAGAAUGACGGCGUCGAUUUGUUUGAGCAGAUUGAUUUCGAUUGAUGAUUUUUUGAUUAGUUGCCAACAAUUGGCUGAUGUUUAUAAUGUAAGUUGUUUUUGGGCGAUUUUUGGAUGGAAAUUGAAAAAAGUCUCAAUUUUCUUGCCUUUUUUUCAAAAAAAUUCACUUACUCAGAAAUUUUAAGAAAAAAAAUCAAAUUGAGAAACUUGAUCAGGUUGAUUUCAAAAAUUCAUUAUCAAAAUUUUGAAAAUAAAAUUUUUCGUUUAUCAUGAACUUUCAAAUUUCAACGUGGAAAUUCACCCUUUUCACUUCAAAAUCUAAUAUUGUUUCUAAAACAUUUCACUGUUUCAGAAAUUUAACAUUAGAAUUUUAAAAAUCAGAGAUUUUGAUAGUCGAUUGAAUAAAUAAAUGCGUGAUUUCAGAAUCUUGAAGCAAUGCCGCACAAAAAGAAUCAAACCACUCUGAAUUUUGGAUUGGAGUUAUGGUAAGUCCAAUUUAUUCUCCUUAAACCCAAUUUCCCUUUUUCCAGCUCACAUUUCAUUUCGUCGAUGAAAACAAUCGCAUCAUUUUCAUCUUCUAGCCAAUUUCGGCCAAAUGUGAAAUUAUCUGAAAAUGGUCUUUUAAUUGGACCACCGCCUGGAUUAAGUGGACAAAUUUUGAAAAUUAAUAAUCAAAAUAAUAAUAAUCAACAACACCAGCAACAAAAUUUGAUGAAGUCGACUAAUUUGAAUUAUAAUAUGAGUCAUUGUAAUCAGAAUAAGCUGUAUUUUGUGAGUUUUUUUCAUUGAAACUCAGGGUUUGCGAUUUUUUGAGACCAAAUUUGUAAAUGUUUCUUUAAAAUGUCUUGGAGUCAAAAUUUUGGAUUAAAUUUGAACUUUUUUAUCAAAUUUCUAAAGGAACAUUGGCUUGUUUGAUGUCAAAAAGUCGCAAAAAUUACCAGAAUUCAAAUUUCAAAAUGUGUUUUGCAGACCCCCGAAACAUAUUAUCCUGAAACACAGUGUAAUCAAUUUUUGGGUGAUUUUUCGUAUGCCGAAUAUUCGAGAAAUUUGAUUUUGGAAAACUAUAAAAAUAGUAGUAUAAGUGAAUGUGAGUUUUGGCACGAAAAAAAUUGAAUUCAAAUUUUUGCUUCCAGUUAUUUCUGUACAAUUGUAUCAAAGAAUAUUGGAAUGGAUAAAUGAAAUUGAUUUUGAAAAUAUGAAUACAAUGGAUGAACUUGAGUAAGUUUUGGCUGAAAAAUUAUGUUUCAGUUAUCCUAGCUUUAAUUUUCGAUAUUCUAAAAAUUUUCAGAGAAAAAUAUCGAUUUAGUGAAAAUGAGGAAAAUGAAAAUGAAGAGGAAACAUUUAGCGAAUUCGAAUAUAUUGAUUGA